GUGAUGUUGAUGUCCGGCACAUUUUUUGUAGCAUAUUAAUGUUUCAAGCGUUAUUUGAUUUUAUUGUUCUCCGUGACUAGUUUUUAUAAGUUAAUCAAAAUGAAAGACUUUAAUUGUGAUGAAUUUAUGGCUGAUGCUGAUUUACAGCGAUUUGUAGAAAAAAAUAAUGAAGCACUGAUGGAGCUGCAAUCAAAGAGGGCUGUGAUUAAGGAGAUGAAAAUCGAAAGUCAAACGCUAGUAAACAAGAAUAUGGAAUUACAUCAGGAACUUGAGAAAAUGGGUCAUGAGAAGCAAUUUCUUGAGCAGCAAUUGGAUGAAAUGAAAUCGAUAUCAAGACAACGUGAAGACGAAUGGUCCACGUUCAGAGAUAGCUGGGCACAAAAUAGUAUGAAACUGGAAAUAGCUAUCAAAACAUCGGAUGCUUACAAAUGUCAAGCUUCAGCUCAACAAUCGAAUAUGUAUGCUAGAAAAGGUGCAGGAAGAGGUUAGUUGCACUUCAAAAACUGCAAUAGAAAUUGCUGAAAAGACAGACGAAUUUAGAAAGCAUUAUAAAAUGCUAUUAGAAAAGUCAAAUGAAGAAAAAGAACGAGCUAAUAAAGAAGUUAGCCAAUUAUCAAUGGAACUUGCAAAGCUGACACUGCCAGUUAAUAGUGAAUAUAUGAUCAUCGAUUCAGUCGACGAGAAUGCUCUGUUAUCAUUCAGUACUGAAAAGUUUAAAUCUCAACUAACUGAGAAGUUUGACGCGCGCUUUGAUACCAUUGAUAAUGAAAUAAGUGUGUAUGAAAAUAUAAAAGCUCUUCGAGAUUCUGAAAAAGAUGCUCAAGAAAAAAUCAAGAGGCUUGAACUGAUAUCUAAGCAAACUGAGGAGAAAUUGAAAUGUAUUGAAAGUGAAAGAAAAAAGGAGUUAGUGGACAAGGAGUGCCAGAUUGAUUACGAUUUCAAAGAGGAGACGCCAGUUGAGAUGGUCGACUCAGAUGCGGCGGACGCGGAUAUCAAAUCUGAAGAUAAUUAAGCCAUGUGGGAUGUGGAUGACGCUUUACAGAAGACUCCACUGCUUGCCAAACAUGUUUAAAAAUAGCAACUGAGUGGACGUUCCUUUCUAUUACCGUUGCUCUACUUCUUUGUGCAAUAGAUAUUAAGUCCUUCUGCUUCGAUUCUCCAACAUUGAUAAUCAUCCUAAAAAUGGAAGCCAAACGAGCAGAGAAACGUGAAGAUCAGGAUGCCAGUUUCCCAGAAUACACACAAGUCAAAGCGAGGCUAUUACAAAUACAGGAUUACAUUGUUCAGACGACCGGAGUCAUGGAACAACUGAAAGCAGCGGGAACACCGCAACACAUGGAGAAAUGGUUGAAGCUAGCUGAUAUGCUGGAAGGCUUGAGAGACAGUGAAGUCAAACUUACAGCCAUUCUUAAAACAUUGGAUCAAUUCGAGGACGAUAAGAAACCUGAUGCUGCAAUGGAACAAGCUGAACAAGUGAAUACUGUUAAGGAAACUCAACCGGAUCAAGCUCAGCCUGUCAGCAGUGGAGAUAGCAGAAGCUGUCUGAAUGAAAUAUCCAAGUUACAAACUAGAUUGAGAGAGCUUCAGCUAAAGAAGGCACAAAUGGAUCAAAUUGUUGAUCAGUUUUCUUCGCUGGAAAAAAGUAUAGAUCGUGAUGAAGAGCAGAGUAAUGAUGAUUCAAUGGAUGGAGAGAAGAGCGCCGCUCGGGUAGAAGGCAAAAUGGCUGAGCUUGCACUCCUUAAAACACAGUUGGGUCAAAUGCAGUCACUGAUUUGCGGACUAGGACAGAACAGUUCUCAAUCAAUCAACAUAGAAGAAGAAAAAGAAGAAGAAUCAAGUCCUGAAGGAAACUUGAACCAAGAACAAUCAAAUGGAUAUGCUGAUGACGAAUCACUGCAAAGGUUGAAAUUGAAGUCAAUGGCGUUAUCAGAUGCGAAAGCUAAGCUUUCACGAAUGAAACAGCUACUAACGCUAGUGGAAGACAUACGAAGCUUAGGAAAGCCAGUGCCUACAAGAGUACUAGCUCUCCUCAACUCCGAUGAAGGUCCACUCAAUAACUCAGAGGCAUCAUUUAUGGAUAUGUCAGAUCAAAGUCUUCAAGAAAUCUGUAAUGAGCUAGCAGCUACUGUUGACUGUGAAAAACAGGGCCAGAAAAAUAAGGUUUCAGCGGUUGAUGAUUCAAGCCCCAAGAGGCAUAAAUCUGGCGAAGAAUGAUGAAUAAAAACUGUGAUAUAUAACUUAAUGAAUAAAACCUGUAUAUUCCUGUAAA